GUCCCAUAUGUGUGUGCAGUCUUGCAUUUUUUAGUCCCAUAUGAUUCAGUCUAGCGUUGCACCGUUGCAAAAAUUUUAACCCUAGUGCAGCGUUGCAACGCUCAAAAAGCGUUGCGUUGCGGACCCCUACUUUUUUCUCUUCUCUUGUACAUACCAUGAGUACGUAUUACGAGUACGAGGUACUUACCAUAUACAGUAGCAGUUACCAGUCCAAUUCGUACGAUUGCGUCUGCCGCACGAUUUUUCAACAAAAUAAUAACGAAGUCCAUGACUUCAAAUACUCGCGCAACUGCGAUUAUGAUUACCAGUGCUGGUACCCAUUGUUACCACUGGCUUCGUAACAAGAUGAAAUAUGUGGCAGAGACAAGCAACAAAUGGGGCGGGAGAAGGACGCAAGCGUCAAUAGAUUCUCGAAACGAGAUUCCGGCGGAGGUUGAGGCUGGUGACAACGACUACGAGAUAAAUGACGACUAUGACGACGAGAACCGCGAUGAAAAUGAUGGGCAGUUGGCAUCCAGUCGUGCAAUCCAAAACGAUAUAAUAUCGAAGUUCCCGCAGGACCACCUGGUGCAUUGUUUCGGAUAUGGUUCGGGCGUGUUUACUCAGAGCCUUUCAAGAGAGAAGGGUGCCGCGAAUGCCGGGAUGCUAGACCUCAUUUUAGUGGUCGACGACACCCAAAAAUUCCACAACGAGAAUCUGCAGAGGUUCCCUCACCACUACGCCCCGUGGUUGCGUUUUGGAGGCCCCAAUCUUGCGACGAGGAUGCAACGUCAGGGAUUGCCUUGGCUGCCGGACGCUCACGUUUUGUUCCACGUCGUGGACGCAGACGAAAGCAGCGGCCUUCCAAACAUGAAGUACGGCGUAGUCGACAAAAAAGAUUUGGUCGGGGACCUCGUCGGUUGGUAUUCCCUAUACCUGGCGGGUCGCAUGCACAAACCCACUUUGAACGUUGUUUCUAGAGACGACGACUUGGUUCGCGCCCAAACAAAGAAUCUUCGGGCCGCCACGUCGAUGGCACUCCUGUUAUCCUCGUCGGCCAACGACACCGCUACGUCCGCUGUGUCGUGGCCGUCUCUCUACCGCCAAAUCGCCGCUCUCAGCUACACGGGAGACUUCCGAAUGCAGGUGGGAGGGGAAGAUCCGCUAAAACUCGACAAGCUCAUCCAAGCACCAGGACAGCUACAACGCUUUCACGACAUGUACCGACCCAUAUUUAAAUCAUACGAGAUGUCCGGAUUCCUAUCGACAUCUUAUCCAUCAUCCGGUGGUGGUGGCAGUUGUGGAGUCGAAUGGAAUYCGAACGAUCCAUCCGUAAUAAAUCAAUUGGUGCGUCAGUUACCAAAAUCGUUGCGAGAGGGCACUGCUACUGGUACAGCAACGACAAAGAGCACCAAACAUCUUAGAGUAAAUCACGACGUUCUGGCCAAGGCAUUGUCGGCAAUCGUAGCCCCUGCCGCCAGGAACCAAUCCUUCAAGGGAGUGUUCACCCUAGGAUUUCGAAAAAGCAUUCGGUAUGCCAGCGCCAAACUAUCGAAGGGUCUCUUCGCUCGGAAAAAAUAGGAAGAUUCACCAGUUCAAACUUAGUAUUC